AUGAGUACACAGGAAUUUGCGCAUUUGUUGGCACAGUAUGUCCUACAGCGCCAACUACGGUCCGAUCAGGACGACACGGAUACUGGGCUGGGCAGUUUCAGCGUUACAGUAUGGCAGGACAUAGAACGCAUAUUCAAGGUGUUAAGUAGCAACCUCAUGAAACCUAACGAUUACAAUACAGCAAUAUGUCAGCAAGCCUUCCCAGCAAGUAUAACUCACUAUCAAGCCAAAAGAGCAGUUUGUCGGCAGAUGGUUAACAUUUUUCUCUUUAUGGACGGGAUACAUCGCGAAAAUAUGCAGUGGAACGUGCGCAGUACGCAAGGGCACAAUGGAACAUUUGAGAAAUAUGUCAGGUGUAUAAUGGGAAAUGUAGCUUUAAUAGAACUAUUCUGGAACAACUGCGAGAAGAAGGAAAUGCUGGAGACCGUUUCCAUGUACAUGCAUGCGUGGAGGCAAGCAACUGAAUAUAACGAUAAUAGUGGAUGGUGCAAUGCAUUAGACUACAAUACACUAGUGGUGGGCACCAAAUAUGUGGGGCUAACCAUGGCAGAGUGGAUACGCAGUUGGAAACACGAGAAUCAGAAGGGACGCGUAGGAACACAUAGGUCAGUAGGGGCUUGUGCAGGGUUAAAGGCUGGAGGCACCACAAGUAAUAACGCAAGCAGUGAGCCCAAAACCCCUAUUGUUAGAAUAUUCCACGAAGGAGAAGCGGAUAAUGUUCACAAGGCUGUGGAACAGGGGCAGACCUUUACGCCGAAUGAACGCCAUACACUACUAGCACGGCUGAAAAAAGAAGGCGCACGGGCAGAUGGUUUUAAGAGCGUAGUAGAGAACGUAGGGCACACUGCCUCCGCUAAACCCGCCCCGGCCAAACCAGCGCCACAAACACCGGUCGCACCGGGAGCCGCGGCAACACCGCCAGGGGCACCGCCAGCAGGCACGAAACCGCAAGCUCCACCAGUUAAGCAACCACAGGCCCCGACGCAUGCUGUUACGGAGACGAACGAUAAGCAGGAGGAUGGCAGUAAGGACGACAAGAAUAAGAAUCAAGUACCACCAUCCGGACCGCCAGCCACAACAAUACCCGAGGGCAAAUCCGCCACAUCGGCAGGAGCAUCAGUGGGGAGCAAUGAUCCCACAACAUCAGAAACAACACCAGUAACCACAACAGUAACACCUACACCAGCACCUCCUGCGGCACCGGCAGCAGGAUCCACAGGACAAGGACCGGGUCAAGGACCAGGACCUGGACAACAACCCCCACCACCACCACCAAGCGUUCCUAGUGGAACAGAGGACACAGGAACCAAAUCACCACCACCCGCAGCUCCACAGCCGCCUAAGAAGGACGAAACUACCCCAGUUACAGCACCGGAAGCAACAUCUCCAGGUAAGGCGACAUGUCUCGGUAGUAGCGGCACAUCUCCAGGUGUCUCAAUUAGUUGCGGAAGUACCUCAGAUAGUGAUCUUGGGCUGACGGAUGAUGUUCGGAAACUCCUGGAGGCACAGCACACGAGCGAGCACGCUCCCACUAGUCCUAACCCAAGUUCAGAGACAGGCACUGAAGGAGUAGACAGAACGACGUCAAGGAGUCCAGGCGCGCCAGCAGGUGGAAACACUGGUGAUCAGAAGGAUCCGCUUAAGCCGGAGGAAACGGCGAAAGAGAAAAGUACUAUUGCAGCUGCACGAGAUACGAGUCAGCACACACCAAAGGACCCCCAGAAACCUCACGAUCAUGUGGACAACCCCCCUACGACCAAUACCCUGGAUGGCAGUAGUAAAGAUCAGAGCGAUAAGUCCAACACCAGACCAAAGGAACAGCCCACUAUUAAGGACCCUGUUUUUGACGCUGAAUUCUGGGAUUUUGUUACCGGUGUUUCUCCUAAGAAUGAUAAAACGAAGAAUAAGGAUGAAUUUGGUCCACUGGACGCUAAUAUACCUGGUCUCACUGGCACAGCAUGCAGUGGGUAUGAGAAACUCUGCUCCCUUAAUACUGCGUACCGCGGCCCAGGUGCAUCCGGUCCUGCCUCCCCUCCUAGUACUACUAACCAUGAAGGUACCGGUUCUAAUAAAACAAAUGGAGGUAAUGAUUUUGGAUUAGGAACAGAUCCUCCAAAACCAGAAGGCGAAUUAGGAGGAAACUAUGGACCACGCCCUGCACAGGUUCCUCAUCCUAUAGGCCCAAAUAAGGGUCCGUCCAAUGAUGGUGGUCCAACCCCGCCCGACCUAACCGACACGGUCCUUACCGCCACUACCCCGCUCCUGUUUUUUCUCACUUCCGUCAUCGUCGCCCUUCUUGGUUAUUCCCUUUGGAAACGGGAAACUUAA